UCUGCGCGCUGCGCCGCAUUCAUUCCGAGGCUAGUCGAGGAGGUGGCGUGGUGUUCGUGUUCGUCGCGCGCCGUUCCGCCCCUGGGUCUCUCCUGCAUCAGCUGCUCCCUGCGACUUGGAAGGUCGUGCACAAACACCAGCUUCGCGAUCGAAAAGAACGUACGGAAGCAAAAAAAAAAAAGUGUUUCGGUUCGGAAACGAACAUGUAACGAAGUGCGUCCCGGACGUAGGUCGCGCUCGCAGCCAAUCACGGGCCGACUUCGUAGAUUCCUAUUGCGUCUUAAAUAUUUCGUCUACGCCAGCACUUGCAAGUUGUUCGGAGUUAUGUUUUAUUGCCGCCGAAACCCUUCAGAGCGUUUGUUUUGACCUUACACGACUUUUCUUUCGGAAGAGAAUAUAUUCUGGGUUUAUUUUUACAUUGUUACUGCGGAAAAGUGCUCCAGCUGACUCGUCAGGUUUGAACUCGUUCUGUGUAUUGUUAAAUGUGUUUUUGAAAUUAACUUUUCCUGUUUGUUUUGUUUUGUUCCCGCUGUUACAAAAAAUGUGAAUGAAGUAAUCUCGUUUGAGACUGCUCCUUGUACACCGUUUUCAACUAGACUCGAGAUACAGCUUUCUUAUUGUUACGCUUCGUAACGCGGACGGAACAUUGUAGAUUUGGACACUGAAAUACGUGUGUAAGGCGUUGUGAUUGUUUAGUUUGAGCGACGUAUGUUUGAGAUUGUUGUCUGCUGUCGCCAGUCGCGAGUGUGUAGCCAUUUUGAGAUGCGCUAGCUUUGUGUGUUGGACGUAACAAUCCACUUACAAGUGUUAUUUGUGUUUGUGUUCAUACUUUGGAAAGAAGACAGUUUCGUCUCAUCUCAUCGAGAUAAAUAAGGAUUAUUGUAUUUCGUCGCUUGAAGAAAGACUGACAGUGUCGGCAGAAUGACUUCCAUCACGCCACCAUUGGAGGAGGAGUUGUGGAGAAACUAAAGGCGAGCCCCAUGCAGCCGUACAACGCGACACGCGCCGAGGCUUCUAGAUUCGUCUGAAGGUCUGGCUGACAACUGGAAAGAUGCGCCCCACACCGCUCGGCGCCACCUGUCUCACCACCGGCUAGUCCUCGCAUCGCCGCGCGCAGAACACAGGUGUCCAGGACAUGGAUGUGAGCUUCUCCAACGUGCUGAAGGAUGCGCGUCCCUUCUUCCAGGGUGUUCCUUCCCCCUUGCAGGCGGCGGCGGCGGCCGCAGCGGCGGCGGCGGCGGCGGCGGCACCCACCAGCACCUCGUCCGCCCCCGCCGCCUCCUCGACCGAGCACCAGCCGGACGCCGCCCCGCCCACCGUGCUGGCCUACUGGCCGCCGCCCGCGCCGCAGACCUCCCCCGGCCCCGCCGCCUACCAGCGCGCCAAGGACCCGCCCCAGCUGUACGGCGGCGGCGGCGUGUACAACGGCGCGCGCCUGGGCGGCGGCGGGGGCGGCGCGGAGGCGGGCGGCGGCGGCUACCCGCCGCAGGGCAGGUCGCAGCAGAGCCUGCCGCCCAUCGCGGCGCUCCCCGGCUACCACCCGGGCCGCGCCGCCGCCGCGCGUAUGAACAACAACAACAACAACAACACCACCACACACCACCACCAGUACGGCGAGGUGCACUACGGCCACCGCGGCGUCGCCAAGUACCAGCAGCACGCGGGCGGCGGCACGGCGCCGCCUCCCUCGGCCACCGCCGCCGCCGCCGCCUCCGCGGCGCCCUCCCCGGCGUACGGCGCCUACGCGGCCGUGUCCACCUCGCCGUCGUCCGCCUACCAGGCGUCGCCGCACCACCAGCAGUACGCCUACAGCCAGCACCACGCGCAGCAGCCCGCGCUCUCGGACGUCUACGGCAAGUUGGAGCAGCAACAACAACACCAACAACACCAACAACAACAACAGCAUCAUCAUCAGCAGCGGCAGCAACAUCAGCAACAACAUCAUCCGCAGCAGCAGCAUCAGCAGCAUCAUCAUCAUCAACAGCAACAGCAGCAGCAGCAGCAGCCGUCCAAGCUGGCGAGACAACAGUAUUCCAGCAGUCAGAUGUAUUAUGGAGCGUCGGGGACCGCUCGAUCCCUGCCUACGCCUGUGCAGCAUAACACCGCUCUGCAGAAUGGCCACCAAAGGCUGUCUGCUUCGUCCUCCACCACACCCACGACGGUCGCGAACACAGUGGUCAGGAGUGCGCCGUCAUCCACUGGAGGCAGGAGCAAGCGAGAGUCCCCUUUGGACCUGUCCGUGAAGACUGUCCGCCAGUCGGCCGACUCGACCGCCAAGGACGAUGCCGAGGGCGUGUACGGCCUGACCAGCUUCUCGCCGACCGUGGGCGGCGGCGGCAAGGUGAUCACCAAUCACAUGCGGAGCCCCGCACAGCAACCGGGGGUGAUCCUUCCAUCCCCGCAGCUUCCUUCCAAUGUUCCUUACCCCUCGUUCGAGCGCAGCCCGCGGCAGUCCCAGGCUGGCGCUCCUUCCGCCGCCGGGGCGCCGAAAGUGGACUUCCUGCCCAACUUCGGCGCCUCGCACCACAGUUCCUCGCAGCAGCUCGAGGUGGCGCGGGGCGGCAGUUCCAGGCACCACCAGCACCACCUCUACUCGUCGCAGUCGCAGGUGCUUCCCCACGUCGGCAGCAUCAAGAAGAGUUCUUCCACCGCCAUCACCACCACAACCACGUCCAUCGCUGCCGCCACCACCACAGCCUCCAUGAUGAACUCCCAUCACUUGCCGUACUACCCGGGCCAACAGGCGGACAACCCCAACAUGCAUCCACCGUACUCUGUGGCGAACAACCACCAGUACCUCCAUUCGUACGAGACCGGCAAGAAGGUUCCGGAUUCGCUGCCCGGCUACAACAAAGGGAGAUUGGAUUACAUGGAUGUGCGCGGCGCCAAUCACAUGCAGGCAUUCCCAUCUGCACCGCCUCUUGGGCAGAAGAGGACCGGCGAGUCCGCCAGACAUUCUGUGGCGGCGAAAGUUCCUAAGAUAGAUUCUUGGAGGGAUGCAAUAGAUCAGCAAAUAGAACAAAGACUGUCAUCUUACGCAAAUGCUAAAGCGCAGCAGCAGCAACAGCAGCAACAGCAGCAACAGCAGCAACAGCAGCAGCAGCAGCAGCAUAUGCAGCAACAACAUUUACAGCAACAGAAUUUGCAUUUGCAGCAACAGCAUCAGCAUCAGCAUCAGCAUCAGCAACAUAUGCACCAGCACUUGCAGCAUCAGCAGCAGGUGAACGGUGUUCUGGUCAACACCAGCCCGACCAGUCACGUUCUGGAUCAGCAGUAUACGUCGCAGCAGCAGCAGCAGCAGCAGCAGCAUCGCCAAAACCUACCGCACCAAACCCACCAGCAGUCGAACCACUCGAUGCAUCACAACUCGGCGACUUCAUCAAGGAGUCCCGUGGCCGCCGGCGCCGCACCCAGUUACAGUUCGCCCGUCUCCCUCCAGAACACCUCGCCGUACGCCCCUCCCCCUCAGCUGCAGCAGCAGCAGCUGCAGCAGCAGCAGCAGCAGCAGCAGCAGCAGCAGCACGCCAUGCAGCACCAGGCCGCCCCGCUCCCCCCGCCGCGGGGCAACGCGCUGCAGCAGCUGCUGAUGUCGUCGUCGACGGCGGGCGGCGCCGGGAGCAACGGGGCGGCGGCCGGCGGGGUCGCGGACAAGCGUGUGCUGAGCGUGCUGCGCACCAGCCUGGAGAUCCGCGAGGCGAGGAUCAGCCAGCUGCAGAACGAGCUGCAGCAGAGGCAGCGGCAGAAGCAGAUGUCCCAGUACCUGGCCGCCCGCCAGCCGGACGCGCGGCUCAAGUCGUCGGCGGCCGCCGCCGGCCGGCCGAUCCCGACCUACACGCUCGACGACAGCCACGCGCCGCUCGCGCACAAGCUCCACCUCCCGAGGGCCGUCGACUCCAUCUGCCUGGACGCGGAGAUGCAGCACGACUCCCACAAGGCCCUCCGCAGGCCGGAGGCGGACAACCACACCCACGUCAUCAGCAGCACCAGCACCAGCAUGGCUGCCAACACCCCCACCACAUCUGCCGGCAGCUCGAACGCGGGCGAACUCGAUGGGCUGGCUGCGUACCUUGCUGCGAGGAUAAGGACAAAAGCGGAACUGAAACAGGUGGGACCAAGCAUGGACCAUCUAAACAUCACCUCGCAGAACCAGUUCAGGAGUUCCACACCUGCGUCCAGUAUUUCGGCAUCAAACAGCUCCAUUCACUCCCCCCGCACGACCCCCGGGACGCCCGUGGUGUUCUCGUCUCCACCGCCACAGCAGCUCGCCCACUCCAGCAGCGAUCCCGCGGAGUCGUACCAGACCCCCCACAACUGCAGCGCCACCAGCACUAGCGGCACGACGCUGUCCAGCAUCAGCACCUCUGUCGGCAGCAGCAGCAGUCCGCCGAAGCUGGUUCGCGAGCCCGCCAACGCCUCUCUGCUGCCCAGGAGACGCUUGUUCAGCCGCCCCGACGAGGAGCCGGGAGGGAGCAGCCAGCCCGCCAGCGUGGUUUCCUUGGCUCCUCCGAGGGACCCGUCGGGGCUCCGCAGCUCGUCCGAGACGUCCGUGUUCGACUUCCGCGACUCUGAUUCGGAAAGCGAGAUGCCCGUGCUCGAGAGGCAGACGCUGGACGAGAUGCGACGUGACAGGAAAUCGCACACCAAACAGCAAGCUCAUGUUCCUGUCGCUGAAGCGGGCGAUCAAGAAGCGGCGUGUGUGGAUGUUAAAGAGGAAGUCACGAAAGCUGUUGAUCAAAAAUCUCUGGUCAGUGACCCUCUUUGGGCGAACAUGUGUGAUGAGUUUGUGGAAGAACUGAAACAUGGUGCAAAUCGUGUGAAAAGGUGGGUGAAACUAAAGCCCUUGAAGACAUCACAUUUUGUUGAAACUGCUGGUUCACAGAAAGAAGAAAAUAUUGGUAUUAAAGUGGAAAUCAAAGAAGAAAAGAUAGAAGAUGCGCACCCAGUGAAUCAGGAUGAAGCAAUGGAAGAUAAGCUGGAAUCGUUUCAUGUUGUUGUAAAACAAGAAAAUGAUACAGAAGGAGUAACUCUGGACUCUUUAGAAACACACAAUAUGUUGGUUAUAAAGAAUGAUGUAAAGAAGAAAGACCUACCGAUUGAAAAUAAAACAUUCACCAUCAAAAAAGAUGUAAUAACCAAGAGAGAUGGUGAAGUGAAGAAACUGAAAAGAGAUAAAAAAGAAAAAUUGUUUGACAAGAAGGGAAAAAAUGUUCCUUCUGUAGUUAAUGUUCUAGGACUGAAAGAAAAGCAGUUAGAAGAAACAGAGACGUUUUCAUCAGACAAGAAACAAAUAGCGUUUGAUAAAGAGAAUGCAUCAGAAAAAUGUAAUAAAACUGUUAGUAAAAAAGAAAAGUUGGGAGAUAAAAUUAAGUUAGCUCUGGGUAAAAUUGGAAAGAAAUUUUAUAAUAAGAACAAAAUUUUAGGCAGCAAGAAACUGAAAAUAAAUAAUAAAGUAGAAGAAAAACCAAAUAAACUAGAAAAUAGUUCUUCAAAAGGUAAGAAAAGAAAAACAAAUGAAUCUGAAGAAGAUUUGCCACUUGUUAGACGUAGCAGAGGACGUCCAAGAAAAAAGGCUUUACCAGAAAAAGAACCUGAUAAGGAUGUAGAGGACGAGAUUAGUUUGGCUGAAAUGAAAGCGAGAUUGGUCAAAACUGAGACAAGUAGAGAUGCAGGUGCUGAUGGUGGUAGCAAAAGCGAAGGAUUUGAUAGUGAUUGCGAUGGGCAAGUUCAUGCGAUCCCAAGGCGCUUAAGACGCAGGAAAUGCCAGAAAAAGUUGAAUGUUGGGAUGAAAUUGCGCUCCAAAGAUACUGCUACACCAAAGAAAAAUCCUUCACCUGAAAAAAAAUUAACUCCAGUCAACAAAAAAAACCAGUUUGGUGAUAUGCCAGACUUCCAGCCUGGUUGGGAAGAAGCAGUGUAUAGUUACAAACGAUCCCUUCGUAUGCCACCGAAGUUGAUCAGUAUCCCCCGUCCUUCAAACAGGUUGUGUUCGUCUCUACCCGACUUGGACGCACCACUCCAUUCUCCAGCCACGUCCACUCUGGACUCGUUCGACUUCUCACCCCAGCGCAAAGGGACCGACACGUCCAAUCUGCUUGGUUCCCAUCGUACGUGGAGCUCCGUACGCAGUGAAAUGGCAGACAGCGAUGUGGAUUCAAAUUCCAAUUUCUCUUCGAAUUGGUCCUUGCCUCAAAGAAGUUGGAACGUUGCACCAGAUUCUGAAGAAGCUUCUUCUUCAACAACUUUUUCCAUCAAAAACAAGUGUAAAGUGAGUGAUAAUAAUUAUGCUUUAUUGAACAGGAUUGCGAGUAAACUUAGCUCGAGCAACUUUAAAGACAAGUCUGCUUCAGAAUCAAAGGACAAUGGAAAGAAUAGUCCGUGCAUUUUUACCCGCUCUGCCACAAACACCCCUGAGUUAAUAAUGCGUUCGGAUUCGUUGAACAAGAAAAUUAAAAGAAUCAAUAAGAAACAUUUGGCCGCGAGACUGGACGCCAAAGAAGUGGGUAGGAACUGUUUGAAAGAGAGUAAUAAAGUCUGUGAUAUUGAGGACUCUGUUUUGGUGGGCGCUGGCAGGAAAGAUAAAGUGUCUCAGAGUUUUAACAGUGUGUUGAGGAUAAACAGUCGCUUGUCGGAGGCUGAAGUGUGCGUGUCAAGGACGCGAGGCAGGACACGGGCGAUGCGUCACAAGGCCACGAUACGUGCGGUCUUCGGGGCGGAUCGCCCCGCGUCUGCCCCUCCGGCGUGCCAGGAGGACAGGUUGGGGGAGUGUUGCGAGGGCGACAGGCCCGACAGGACUCGAAGGGAGGGGGCGACCAAAGGCCGUGGCGGGGCCAGGAACAAAGGGAUGGUCUGGAACCACAAGACCGUGUCGGGCGCGAAGAGGCGGCUGCUUCUCGGCAAGCAAAGGCAGGGGCACGGCGUGCUGAAAUUGCUCUCUCCGAAAAAGCUCUUGAGUGAUGGGACUAACUUGUUCUCGAAUCCCGCCGGGUUUGCGAACGGCGAGGUGGGUGCCAGGGCGCAGUUGAAACCCGGGCGGACCAUCACUGGGAAGCGCAUAAAACUGCGCACGGUGCGUCGGAAAUUUCACUCGGGAUUCGAUUACAUUCGCAAGAAAAAGAAACAGCAGAAAAAAGACUGUGAUGGUGAAGUUGUCAAAGAAAGAAAGAAGUUUUGGAUCCCGCGGCCAAGCUCGGAAUCUGUGCAAGAUAUUCAGAGUGAGAUUCGUGGUUGGGUUAUAAACAAGGGCCUGGGAGAGACGUUGUUGCACAGAGCUGCGAGACUGGGCUACACGGAUGUGGCUGCGUAUUGCCUGGAAGUAUUGGACAACCACCCGUCGCCACGAGACAACGCUGGCUACACCCCCCUCCACAACGCCUGCGCGCGAGGGCACCUCGAAAUAGCCCGCCUGCUGCUCAUGUACGGGGCAAACGUCAGCGACAGCGCCCCUGGCGGUCUCCGGCCGCUGCACGAGGUGGCGGACAACGGCUACGUGGAGCUGAUACGCCUGCUGCUGUCGUACGGCGCCGACCCACUGCUGGCGACCUACAGUGGCCACACGCCCCUGUCGCUGGCCACGGAGGAGACGUCUCGCUUCCUGCUGCAGUGCCACCUGGCGGACGUGCAGGGCCUUCCGGCGCCCCCCUGGCAGUUCCUCGGCCCCGCGGCUGUCUGUGAUCCCAAGGAGUACGGGUACGACCCGGUGGCGGAGCCCCCCGGCCCCGCGUCCCCGGUGCCCGACGACGCGGACGAGCUGGAGGUGGAGACGUGCGAGGCCGCCAUGCCCGUGCUGUACCGGCUCCGCAGCGAGCCGGCCGCCGACCGCUGGGUGCUGCUCCAGGACCUCACCUCCGUGCUGCGCUGCAAGUCGCGCGACGCCGUGCUGCGCCAGCUGGGCACGGACCCCUCGGUGCCGCCCCGCGCCGUCUUCCGCGAGCUCAGGAUGCAGGACUUCCUGGAUCAGGCGCGCUGCUGCAACCUGCUGGGCGCCGGCGAGCGCAUCAACAUCCGCGCCUCCAAGGUGGCGCUGGUCAGGUACACCGACCGGGUGCGCCAGCUGCUGGGCAUCGAGAAGGCCACCGUGUGCCUCAGGUGACCACAGCCGGGCCAGGAGUCGCGAGACCCCGCCGCCUGCGAAGCGUGAUGGCUUCCCCCUUCCUCGCCUGUCCGGGAUCGUCCCGUCCGAUCCUCGCGGUCGGCGAGCUGUACCACCGAAUUAGUUUUCGUAUCUUUAUCGUUUACGGUCGCAGAAAUAUUAUUUUCGUUGUUACGUACGAGAUUGAUGGUUAAUUUUUUUUGCGUUAAACCUUUUAAACACUUUGUUUUUCUUCUGAAUUGUGAGAAAUAUAAUUAUUUCUGCAAAAUUUGCAAUGAAUGUGAUAUUGUAAUGCAUGUGCAAUGAAGUGUGAUUUUGAUCUGCAUGUUGUUUUUGUGAAGUUUUUAUAUAUAAAAAAAAAUAAAAUGGUUUUCCCCCGCUGAUGUUUGUAUGCCCAUUAUUUCUGUACAAAUUGUAGAACUGGUGCUGUGCAACACAUUUAAUUUUGUAAUAAGUGUAAAAAAAAUUUAUAUUUUGGACAAUAAGUAGCAUAAUAUGAGAAACUAUUUUUAUCACGGAACAGUAACCAUAAUGCAGUUAGUGCAAUACAAUAAAGUACCUUUUUAAUGUUUUGUGGCAAUUGUUUUUUUUUAUAUGAAGUCUUGUUUAGGUUUGUUUUCAUGCUGUAAUUAUUGUUAUUGCUUAGUGAUCCAGUAUGAUAGUUCAGAUGUUUCUUUGUUGGUAUCAGCAGAGAUAAUAGUUUUUAUUAAAUUGGGUACAUAUUAUUUUUUAAAGAAUACUAAAUCAUUUUCUAUAGUUUUUACUUUUGUACAGUACUUAAAAUUUUUUUUUGUGAUCCUGGAGCAAAUAGUUUAUAAUACUAAUGUUUGCCUAAAGUGAAGCAUAAACAUGCAAACCAAACUAUUAUGAAAUUUUCCUUCAAGUUGUUAUUUAUCUGUGUUGUUUAGUGUGUAUUAUACCUAGUUCAAGCUGGACUCAAGUGAUUAACAUCUCUUGGUUACUCAGGGAGUUGCGUUUUAGUUAUUGUAUCAAAAGUUCACAUGCAGUAUAGUCACGCAGAAUUACUGUACUAUAUGAAAUGUCAGUUGUAAUAAAUAGCCUGUUGUCAUUCAGCUGUAUGUUAUAUCUUUGUGUUUUAUUAAAGAGAGAAGAGAGUUGCUAUCUCAAUAUUGUAGCGUAUUAUAAGAGUGUAAACACUGGUAUUGUAAAAUCAGUACUAAAUGUAUAGAAAACCUUAUCAUAGAGACAGAUAAUAUCUUUAAAGUGCUUUUUCAUGUGAGCUGUGGAAAUUAUAUUUUGUUGCAAAUUAUUUACAGAAAGUUUUUGAAAUGUAUAAAGCUUCCUUUGGCAUUUUUUAUAUACAUGUACAUUUUUUAACACAAGUCUGUAAAAAAAAAGUGUCAUUUUAUUUGACCAGAAAAUUUAUUGAAAAUUCAUGGUGCAUAAUUCUUCCAUUCAGCGAGUGAAUGGCGUUGUAUAUUUUGUUCGCACCAGAGAAUUGCUUGGUAUAAUUUAUUUUGUGACGUUAGAAAAACGAGGGAUUUGAACAAGGUGGUUUUGUGUUGCAACUAGUAAAACUAUUUGAGAUUGCAAUGUUUGAGUGCUGUGAUGUGGAACUGUGACCAUGGAUCUGUGCUUGUUGGAGUUGCUGUGAUUGUGUCAGCUUAGUUAAAUAUAUUAUUUAAUUUUU